AUGAAUAUGUUGGAUGAUGAAGACGACCAAAGCUUUCACGCUACGCGUGACGGCUACUCCCAUUUGAGCGACGUCGAAUGGGAUGCGGUUGAACGAAUAAGUUCAACCAUGGGCAUCCAUGCUGUUAGCGUCAUGCUAGAGGCUCUCAAUAGAGAUGACCGACAUGCUACUAUCGCCAAGUUCGUUCAAAAUGAACUUGACGCAGAACGCGAGAAAGUAGCCUCGAUUCACCAACAAGGUUCUCAACAAUCAGAGUUGUUGAGGGAACAGGGUGCUCAACAGUUUGAACUGUUGAGACAGCAGCAGGCUGCUGCUGGUGGGUCGAUGCACUCGCGUCGACCCGAAACCUUGAAGAUUGACGUCUCCAAGUAUAGGGGAGUCGAAGAGGACUCCCUCUUGAGAUGGUUCGUCGAAUUGGAUGACGCCAUAAGGGCGCGUCGCAUCGAUGGUGGGGAAAUGCAAGUUGCAUUUGCCCAGUCAAAUCUGGCAGGACGUGCCAAGACUUGGGCACUGGGGCUAAAGUUGCACGACCCAUUUGCGUUUGGGUCGUUAGAAGUCUUCAAGUCGCGGCUCAGACAAACGUUUGAACCGCCUAGAGCUGCGUUCAGAGCUCGAACCGAACUCUUGAAGCUCAAACAGGGUAAGCGUGAUGUGCAAGCUUAUGCACAACCUAUACGACAUCUCACGAGUUGUAUAAGUUCCAGCCCGGUUGAUGAACACACGUUGGUUUCGGUGUUCACGCAGGGUCUUGCGGAUGGUCCCGUCAAGACUCACCUGUUCCGGCUUGAACGUAGAGUCCAACUCCUUGGGAUUGCCCCCCUUCAGGGGGCGAGUGCCUUGGAGCAGGAAGACUGCAGACAGCCGGGAUGGACCGUCAACCCAUGUGACAGGACAGUCAGGUGA